UUCAAAUAGAAGGAAAGUGGAAUCUGUUGUGUGUGAGGUCAGUCCUGUUGUUUACAGUAAACUUAUGAACAUUUUUUAACCAGUUUGUUUUAAUCGUAAAUAAGUAAUCGGAUAUUCAUCAAGUUGUGCGAUAGAACGGAGCAGGAUGAGUGUAGUGAGCACCCCGACUUCACGGCCAAGGCAGUGGUCCUCUCCAGCGCUGGGGCACAAAGCGGCCCUCUCUGCCACCAGUACGCCGCUGCUCGGGUCCAUCCAAAGCAACGAUGACGAACAGGAGCGAAGGCAGAGACGCAGGUCCAGAGUCAUCGACCUUCACGCUGGGGCAGAUUCCUCAAUCAAUGAGGUGUUCAGUAACACAGGAACUCCUGCUGCCGUGCCCAAGCUGUCUUCUGCCCAGAUCUCGGAGCAUUACUCCACCUGCAUCAAACUCUCGACAGAAAACAAAAUCACCACAAAGAAUGCAUUUGGUCUUCACCUCAUCGAUUACAUGGCCGAAAUCUUAAAGGAGAAAGACUCCGAGCUCAACUUCAAGGUGGCUGCAGGGACACUGGACGCUAGUACUAAGAUCUAUGCAGUGAGGGUGGACGCAGUACACGCUGAUGCCUACAGAGUUCUGGGAGGACUCGGCUCUGAGACCAAACCGAAAGAUGACCAGGAGGCAGGAGAAGAGGCGGAGGCAGCAGGGGGCAGUGUGAGUGAACAGGCAGCCACCAAGCAGCCUCCAAAGAAACGGCCUCCGAAGAAGACAGUGGAGCAGAACCUGAGCAACAUCAACCUCUCAGAGUCAGAGAUGAAGUGUGAGGUGGACCCUAUGUUUCAGCGCAUGGCUGCGUCUUUCGAUGAGAACAGUACAGCUGGAGUGUUUCUGUCCGUGCUUUUCAGUGAAGACAGGAGUUGUGAGCUCAGGUUCCCCUCCCACAUGACCCUGCUGAAAUCCAGACCAGCCAGCUCACCCUCACCUGUACAACACGCACCUGCCUCACCCUUCACAGUUAGUUUAAAGACUCUUGAGGAAAAGAUGCCCAUCUGCCCAUCUCUACAAGAUUUCUCCUUCACCCAGUGGACACCUGAGCAGGCGACUAACCUGAACCAGCUGCUGGAGAAGAUGAAGCAGGGCGAGCACGCGUUCGACGUCAAUGCCGACGUCGAGCCGGACGAGGGCGAGGCGCCGGACUUCGGGGAUCAGUUUGAUGCGGAUGGAGAUGAUGGAGGGGCGGGAGACUGCGGGGAACCCUUCGACGAGCACAAAGACGCCUGCUCCAGGAGGAGCCCAGAGAAAGGACGAGGGGUGAUACCGAUCGGAGAAGGCGACAUCACCACCAUGUGCCUGCAGCUGUCAGACAAACCCAGAGAGUAUUCAUACUUCAGCCCCCGCACCAUGGCAACGUGGGUCGGCCCGGGAUACUGGCUCUUCAAACCCACACACAAACAGGAUCACAAGCCGGAGAAGGAAACUAAAAAGCGAGCAUCGAAAAAUCCCCUGGUGAUCGACUUCAGCGAGGACAUCCACUUUCACAACUACUUCCGCACCACCAGAGCAGCAACCACCGUCAGUAAAUCUGCCCUGAACACCAGCAACAAGAAAACCACUCUGCCGGCAGAUUUCCAGUAUCCACUCAGCAACCUGUCGCAGCUCAGCCUCAAACCUGCCAGCACGCUGAUUACAAAAGACAAGAAGAGGAUAUCGGGCGAGCUAGCCGAGGACAUCGGAGAAUAUGAUUAUAACAACGCUAAUGACACUGCUAACUUCUGCCCACGACUGCAGCUGGAGGACAGUGAUGAUGAUGUGGGAGGAUUCGCAGGAUCGGAUGACUCUCAGCCUGUAGCAGACAGACUGGACCCCGACGGCCUCUCCACAUACGGAGAAGACUGCCUGGUGCCCGAGCCGCAUAAAGUCAACAUCAUUGAGAUUAAUUACGCCAAAACGGCCAAGAAGAUGGACAUGAAGCGCCUGAAGACUAGCAUGUGGAGUCUUCUGACAGACAGCCCAGAGAAACCAGCCAAGGAUGCUGAGAGUGAGAAGCCUACAGAAGUUCCGGGAGAGAAAUCCUUCAGCCAGUCCACCAGGACACUCUUACAGAAGCUGCCCAGCACCAUGGCCAAUAACCUGUCUGUGCCCUUGGCGUUUGUCGCUCUCCUGCAUCUGGCCAAUGAGAAGAACCUGGAGCUCCACAAAGUGGACGACAUGUCAGACAUCAUCAUCAAACAAGGACACUGAGGGCACGCCCACAUCACCAUAUUAUUAUUAUUUUUUAUUGUUUUUAGAGCAGUUUUUACUGUUUUAGUCCACAUGUCAGGAGCAGAUAUUUUACAGCAAACAUUUCCUUUAUGUAAUUUUGUAAUAAAAUAUUUUAAACUGUGAUUUAAGUCUGUCAUUCAGCAUCAUGUGGGGGAAAAAUGAUCUAAAGGGAGGACUGGGAGUAUUGUGUUUUCAGGUAGAAUAAACCUGAAUCUGGAUGUUCACACUUUAUCCACCAGCUCUAAUGAAGACCACUUGUUCUGACAUUUCACUGAACCUCCAACACCUUCAUGAACCUUUCUCCUCUUUCAUGUCUCGUCUCCUUAAUUUAAACCGUCUGUUACGUUUUGAUGUCUUUCCUUUUAUCUGUGCUUUAAAUAUCAUUAAAUCUUUGAAUAUC